GAAUUUACUUCCGAUGUCCGCAUGAUGUGUCAAUAAAACAAACAACUUCAUUUCAGGCGAAGUGAAUGAGAUAUUGCUUGGAUAUCGUUCACUGCAGUCUGGCUCAAAUUUUAAUUUGCCAAAAUGGAUUAUUCUGGAAAAGAAAAGGAAGCUAUGGCCAUCAUGGCUGAGGCAGACAAGAAAAUGAAAACGUCGCAUUCGUUAUUCGGGUCGUUUUUGGGGAGUUCCUCCAAAGUCGAGGAAGGCUGUGACUUGUACGUGAAAGCUGCAAACAUGUUCAAGAUGGCCAAGAACUGGAAUGCUGCAGGAGAUGCCUUCUGCAAAGCUGCACAACUGUAUUUACAGGUGCAAAGCAAGCACAAUGCAGCCAUAAACCUUCUUGAUGCUGGUAAUGCGUUCAAAAAAGCUGAUCCUCAAGAGGCUAUAAGCUGUUUCUGUCAGGCCAUUGACAUCUACACAGACAUGGGACGUUUCAACAUUGCAGCGAAACACCACAUAUCUGUUGCUGAAAUCUACGAAUCUGAGUUACUGGACAUAGAUAAAGCUGUUGCUCAUUAUGAAUAUGCUGCAGAUUAUUACAAAGGAGAGGAGUCCACCAGUGCAGCCAACAAGUGUCUUCUCAAAGUGGCAACAUAUGCGGCUCAGAUGGAGCAGUACCAGAAAGCCACUGAAAUAUUUGAGCAGAUUGGGACUUACUCCAUGGACACUACCUUGUUGAAGUAUGGUGCUAAGGACCAUUUCUUCAAAGCAGCACUGUGUCACUUCUGUGUGGAUAUGCUCAACUGCAAGCUGGCUGUACAAAAGUAUGAAGAAAUGUAUCCAGCCUUCUCAGAUGCUAGAGAGUGCAAGCUUCUUAAGAAACUUCUUAAUGCACAUGAAGAGCAGAAUAUUGAUGCGUACGCUGAUGCAGUCAGGGAAUUUGAAUCCAUCACCAGGCUUGAUCAGUGGCAGACCACCAUGCUACUAAGAAUCAAGAAGACCAUUCAGGACGAGGAGAAUGACCUUCGCUAAAGUGAAGACAUGAUUCCAAGCUCAUUCCCCAUUCUCAUGCUCUUCCUCUCACUUCACAGUGAUUCCUUUCCUACCGUGUUUAUUAUUUAUUCAUAUGUGAAAAUGAAGGUCACAUGCACAUUAUACACAUUAUUGUCUUAAGACGUUUUCUCCCAAGUCUUAUGGUCUUCAAAGAAAUUGAACCUUUAUCCCAAAGAACACUGUGAAGGCUUCUAGAAUGAAGAGAGAGAAUUUAUUUUACAAGCUUUGACCACAACAUUCCUUUCUUGUAAAUGUAACUCCUCGUAAAUCGGAUUAUUUUAUAUGUCACCAUUUGCGUUCGUGCUUGUGUAGCUUCAGUAGUUUUAUUUAUUAUUCUUUUAUUAAUGGUUGUAGAUGAUCUUUUGAUUUUCAUUUGUUACUGAGCAAGUCGCAAGGCUCGUAUGUGUCAAUAUUUAUUAGUAGUAUUUAGUAAAAUUCUAUAACUGUGAUGAUCAGUUAGAAUCAGCUGUCAGAGUACUAAUUGCCAUCUUGUUUUCCUUAAUGGAGCACAUAUAUCAAGAACUAAAUUUGAGCAAGUCGCAAGGCUCGUUUGUGUCAUUAUUUAUUAUUAGUAUUUAUUAAAAUUCUAUAACUGUGAUGAUCAGCUAGAAUCAGCUGUUAGAGUACUAACUGCCAUCUUGUUUUCCUUAAUGGAGGAAAAAGUCAAGAACUACAUUUCUUCUUAUAUGAAAUAAGCCUAUUUAAAAACUGAUAAUACAUUUAGCAUAAAUUAUUUUGAUUUUUGUACCAAAACAUAAGAGUGAAUCUGCAUGAUGAUAAUGUAAUUUGCAGGACUUGUACUUGAGGAACCAGCUUGAAAUGAAACUGUUUUAGUUUUUCUUAAGCUCAUAUCAAGCCGAGUUCAAUUCACUGAUAUAUUCCAGUACUAAUAAAUAGGUUUCCUAUUAUUUAAGUAAUUCAUUUUUGCAAUUAAGUGCUUUACGUGUUGACAAUUUUAUCUACACACAUAUGUUCAGAUGAUUCAGAUAACUAGUCAUGAACUAAUACAGGAACUUCAGCAUAGAAGAAAGCAUGGCAGAAUAAGAAUAAUGUAACAACAAAAGUGUAACACAUGGUAUAAUGUUUGGAGAAAAGAAUUGGAAGCAUGCAUUAAUUUAUCAAAACUGCUAUGUUAAACUGAUUUAAAAAGCUAAUAAAUGAUUUGAUUCCCUCAA